AUGGUUUUUCAGUUUGAGGACCUGCCUGACCAUUUGUUACUUAAAAUUUUUUCAUACCUCCCGUUAAUUAAAGGUAAAUAUAGCUUGGCACGAGUAAACAAUCGACUUUACGAUUUAUUUGUGAGCCCCCAAGAAUGGAAAAGUUUAUCUUUUGAGUUGACAUUCGUUCCAAGGCCCUUAGUUGGCCAAUAUUAUACUUUACAGCCAUGGGAAAAUUUACUUUUGACAGUAUCAAAUUCCUGGUCUGAUAUCAUAUUGCCGCUAUCUUCUCUACCAGAUUUGCAAUCUUUUUUCUUCUGGAGAGAAGAACCAUCGUUUUUGGCUUUUCUAUGCAACCAGAUCAUGACAGUCGGCCAUGAUGUAGAAAAUUUCUCUUUUAUAUUACCAGAUCAUGUACACAUACAUACUUUUCCAUUUGGGAGAUUCCGUGACGUUGAAAAUUUUGUCGUGCUGAAGAUGGCUCUAGAACAUUGUAACACGUUGAAAAAUUUGAAAAUAACUCUGGGGAAAUGGCUUCCAUUAAACUAUUUUUCAGCAACACUCCCUAUACAAAUAUACGAAGUUAUAAAAAACAUUUUAAAACUUAUCGCUAACAACAGCAAUACUCUUCGAUCAGUCAGUAUUAAUUCAUGGCCUGUCACAUCAGAAGAUAAGCUUUCAAGCAUUCUGAACAACCUCCCUUAUUUACAGAAAUUGUCAAUCUUCCAUCCAAAAAAUUUUCAUCUCACUCAGCUAUCUCUGGAUUCCUCCAUUCCUCAACCUCACCAUGUUGUCCUCUGUGUGCAGCAGCUACAGCACUUAACUUCACUGUCUCUCCAUUGUUUCUGCAUAUCAGCUGAUCUUUUGAGUGAACUGUCACUCGUCAAACCAAGAUUCAACACAAAAGUCUAUCCCCAUUUCACUAAGUUGAGCAUUUUGCUCGUACACGAAGACCAAACUAAAAAUUUCUUCAAUAUAUCUUUAGAAAAAUGGAGAACUCUUCACAAGAGCCAUCAUGACCUCACGAUGCAUCUGUCAAUUGGCAACGAAAUUCCAGAUGAUGUACUAAUGAGUUUCAUGGCAGCUGUCAAAUGUUUCAAAGUUGAAUCUGUAAUAGUCUCUCAGUACGGUGUAUAUAGUAUCGGCUUUAUGAGCAUCUUAUCAGCAGAUUUCAAUAGAUUGAAAUCGUUCACUGAUUACACAGACGGUGCUUCAGAUCUCUCUCUUUUGAUGUCACUUGUAGAGAACUGUCCUCUCCUUGAUGCCCUUGUCUACAAGGGUGAGAUUGAAGAACACUGCAUCCUGAAACUCAUCAAUAUGAGACACUGGAAAAAAUUUAAAAUUAACAUGAGCAAAAUGGUAAUCAAGGCACUUGUCAAAGCUUCUGUCCUUGACAAAGCAGCAGCGACAGCUGAUUCAACUGGUCAGAACAACGAACUCAUAGAACCUAGUAACUACAAACUCCGUAAGGAAGAAGCCCUUAAGAACAUAGACAAGUUUGCCAAAGAAAAUUUGAGAUGUGAGUGGAAUCCUUUUAAGGACGACGCAGGAACACAUUUACACUAA